AUGAAACAUCAAAGAGAGAAACACAAGACGCCGAAGGAAAUCGAAUGCUACAAAUGCGGUGGUAGGCACUAUGCUACCCAUUGUCAUUUUAAAGAUGUCAACUGUCGCAGCUGUGGUAAGAAAGGUCAUCUAGCAAAGGUCUGUUGUAGCUCUAAGAAAGAUCACAACAACCAGUCACGCCAGAAACCAUCCAGAUCUGUUAAUAAGACCCCCUUAAAAUACAAUGCCCAUUCAUUGGAUCACAAACCAAACCUUCAUCAUUCAGCUACGGUUCCAGAGGACUCCCAAGGUUAUUCUUUGUUCACUCUACCUGGUAAUGUCCAACCUAUUGUACUCAUAACGGAAGUGAAUGGUUCAGACCUCUAA